AGAAAUCGAUUAGAUUACCUGCUGAACAAUACGCCGAUCAAGAACAUCCGCACUAACGUGAAGUAUCUGAGCGAUUCUAUCGAAAUCGGUAAACAUCGGUUCAAUAACAUCGUAGUGGACACAGUAGUUGUGGUAGAGCAUCGAAGGAAACGGAGCUGGCACAUGGCUUGA